CCUUAUUUGUAUAGGAUUCACAUUUAAUGUUGUUUCCUUAUUGUAACCCCUCCCUAUUUGUAUAUAAAGGGAGGUGGAUUCAUUGUAUUAAUCGUGGAAAAUAAUAAUUCUUCAUGGUAUCGGAGUCUUCUCCUCUACCCUAGGCUAACCCCGAAACCUUCCCCACUACCUCUCUCUCUCGGCGUUUACUGUCUCUGCCGCCACCCCUCUUCUCCCCCACGGCAGCAGCUUUCUCUCCUUGCCGACACCCUACUCCCCCACCGCAGAGACUCCCACAGCCUCCCUCUCUCUCUAAAACAAUCCUCCAAACAUAUACCCCAUGGCCUCCGAAAAACCAAACUCUUCUUCCCCUACCCCCCAUCUAGCGUUUACAACGAUCUCUAACGUCAAACUCCAGGUUUCUAUUACUCUCAGUUUCUCGGAGCCUAACUACAAAAAAUGGAGCCGCCUCUUCCUUCUUUUGGUGCGCCGCUUCAACCUUGAAGGCUUCCUCACCGGUGAGAAAACUUCAACCGGAAAAGAUGACGUCGAAUGGAUCCAACUCAACGCUCUCAUUCAAGGAUGGAUUCUCUCCACCGUCAAUGAUGAGGUGUCGGAUCUCAUCAUCUCUUCCACCACAUCCGCUGCAGAUAUAUGGAAUUCUAUUCACAACUUAUUUCACGACAACAAGGCGGCAAGGGCCAUGCAAUUGGAGCAACAAUUCUUCACCACCGUCAAAGGCACAUCUUCAAUUGCCUCGUAUUGUCAGACACUUCGCAACAUUGCCGAUUGGCUUGACGAUGUCGAUGCCCCGGUCACCGAGAAUCAACUUGUUUUGCAAACCCUCCGUGGCCUCCCGGAGGAUCUCAGCAACCAAGCUUCUUUCCUGCAGUUUCAAAAACCUCCGCCAACAUUUAUGGAAACCCGGUCGGCUCUUCUUCUUCUCGAAGGACAGCGGCGUCCCCACGCCGUCGCCGGUGAGCAAAGCACGGCGCUGGCAGUGCACGGCGGAGGAGGCUCUCGCAGCCCGGGCCAUGGUGGUCAUGGCGGACAGCAGUUCGAACACAGCAGUGGCGGCACUGGACCACCCCACGGGUACGGCGGACGGGGAUAGGCGCACGGUGGACGGCCGACUCGUGUCCGUGGUCGUGGACGGCACGCUGGAGCACACCCUCGGUACAGCCCUGGACAAAACAAUCCCUGGCAGAUUCCCUACCCAUCCCAACAGUGGGCUGGGCUCUUGGGC